CUCUUGUUUUCAAAUGCCUUGAGAGGGACAGAUCCCACACCACCGGGCACUUCGAGGCCUUGGGGGGCAGCGCUGGGCUAAGGCCGAGAGGCGGAGACCUGCCCAGCCCACCACCCACGCCCUGAUUACAGGCCCGGGAGCACGCGGGGGUGGGGCCACUUCUCGGAGCCGCUUGCAGCCCGGGAGGAGCUGGAUUCUGACUCAGGAGCAGAGGGCUGCCAGGUAGAAGCCGGAGGUCUUGAGUUCAGCUUGGCCGGGAGCAGGAGAAGGAUUUCCAGCUUCUCCCUUCUUCUCGGGAUGGAGGGCCGGGUCCCAGGACGCCGCCUCUGACGUCAGGAGCUGGUGGCCUGUUGCAGGAAGAAGCGCAUCGCGUGGUUGGCACCCCGUUCGCGCAGCAUGGUCGCCUGAGACGGAGGCCUCAGCCGCUGCCGGAGUGACCGGCGGGAGGAGGAUGGUGCCCUAGCGGUCCCCCCGGGAGGAGCGUGUCAGGAUGGCGGCUCAGCGGAUCCGCGCCGCCAACGCCGGCGGCCUCCCUCGGUGCAAGUCCGAGGGGACGCUGAUCGACCUGAGCGAAGGGUUCUCAGAAGCGAGCUUUAACGAUGUCAAAGUGCCUUCCCCCAGUGCCUUGCUAGGAGACAAUCCCACGCCUUUUGGAAACGCGAAGGAAGUGAUCGCCAUCAAGGACUACUGCCCCAACAACUUCACCACCCUGAAGUUCUCCAAGGGCGACCACCUCUACGUCUUGGAUACGUCCGGCGGGGAGUGGUGGUACGCGCACAACACCACGGAGAUGGGCUACAUCCCCUCCUCCUACGUGCAGCCCUUGAGCUACCGGAACUCCACCCUGAGUGACAGCGGGAUGAUCGACCACCUUCCCGACAGCCCAGACGAAGGAGCCAAGGAGUUCGAUUUGCUUGGAGGAUGGACGGGUGACAAGAAGGGACUGGGCAAAACCUACAGCAAUAACCCUUUCUGGAACGGGGCCCAAACCAACCCCUUUCUGAAUGGGCACGUGCCGGCGGUGCCCGGCGCAGAUGAGCCGGCGCCCAAAAGCACCGUGGACUUGCUGCUCUUCGACACGGGCUCUUCCUCCUUCCCCGACUCCAGCUCGGCCGCCACGAACGGCACCGGCAGCAUCUUCGAUGAGCCGCCGGCCACCAACCAGGUCCCCCCCGAAGGGCCCAUCAGGCGGGACAACCCGUUCUUCAGAAGCAAACGCUCCUACAGCCUGUCGGAGCUCUCCGUCCUCCAGGCCAAGUCCGACGCGCCCGCCUCGUCGGGGUUUUUCACGGGCCUGAAGUCCCCGGCCCCUGAGCAGUUCCAGAGCCGGGAGGACUUCCGCGCGGCCUGGCUGAGCCACCGGAAGCUGGCGCGGUCCUGCCACGACUUGGACUUGCUGGGCCAAAGCCCCGGGUGGGGCCAGACCCAGGCGGUGGAGACGAACAUCGUGUGCAAGCUGGACGGUUCCGGGGGCUCCGUGCAGCUUCCCGACACUAGCAUCAGCAUCCACGUGCCUGAGGGCCACGUGGCCCCCGGGGAGACCCAGCAGAUCUCCAUGAAAGCGCUGCUGGACCCCCCCUUGGAACUGAACAGCGACAGGUGCUGCAGCAUCAGCCCGGUGCUGGAGGUGAAGCUGAGCACCUUGGAGGUGAAAACCGUCAUCGUCCUGGAGAUGAAAGUGUCGGCUGAGGUGAAAAACGACAUUUUCAGCAAAAGCACAGUGGGCCUCCAGUGCCUGAGGAGCGACCUCAAGGAAGGGCCCUACGUCCCCAUCCCCCUCACCUACAGCUACGGGGACACGGUCCAGGUGCACCUGGACAACCUGGAGCCCUGCAUGUACCUGGUCAUCGUGGCCCGGGGGCCCAACAUCCUCUACCCGUCCACCGUGUGGGACUUCAUCAACAAAAAGGUCACAGUGGGUCUCUACGGCCCCAAACACAUCCACCCGUCCUUCAAGACGGUGGUGACCAUUUUCGGGCAUGACUGUGCCCCAAAGACUCUCCUGGUCAGCGAGGUCACCCGCCAGGCCCCCAGCCCCGCCCCGGUGGCCCUGCAGCUCUGGGGCAGGCACCAGUUUGUGUUGUCCAGGCCCCAGGACCUCCAGGUCUGCAUGUUCUCCAACGUGACGAACUACGAGGUCCAGGCCAGCGAGCAGGCCAGGGUGGUGCGGGGCUUCCAGAUGAAGCUGGGCAAGGUGAGCCGCCUCAUCUUCCCCAUCACCUGCCAGAGCGCUGGCGAGCUCUCGGACUUCACCCUGAGGGUGCAGGUGAAGGACGACCAGCAGGCCAUCCUGACCCAGUUUUGCGUCCAGACCCCCCAGCCGCCCCCCAAAAGUGCCAUCAAGCCGUCCGGGCAGAGGCGGUUUCUCAAGAAGAACGAAGUCGGCAAAAUCAUUUUGUCCCCGUUUGCUGCCACCACCAAGUACCCCACUUUUCAGGACCGCCCCGUGUCCAGCCUCAAGUUCGGCAAGCUGCUCAAGACCGUGGUCCGGCAGAGCAAGAACCACUACCUGCUGGAGUACAAGAAGGGGGAUGCUGUUGCCCUGCUCAGCGAGGAGAAGAUCCGGCUGAAGGGGCAGCUGCGGACCAAGGAGUGGUACAUCGGCUUCCACCAGGGCAAGGUCGGCCUGGUGCACACCAAGAACGUGCUGGUGGUGGGCAGGGCGCGGCCCGGCAUCCUCUCGGGACCCGAGCUGAGCACCUCGCUUCUGCUGGAGCAGAUCCUGCGGCCUUGCAAGUUCCUCACCUAUAUCUACGCCUCCGUCAGGACGCUGCUCAUGGAGAACAUCAGCAGCUGGCGCGCCUUCGCCGACGCCCUGGGCUACGAGAACCUGCCGCUCACCUUCUUCUGCCGCGCAGAGCUGGACAGCGAGCCCGAGCGGGUGGCCUCCGUCCUGGAGAAGCUGAAGGAGGACUGUAACAACGCAGAGAACAAAGACCGGAAGUCCUUCCAGAAGGAGCUCAUGAUGGCCCUACUGAAGAUGGACUGCCAGGGCCUGGUGGUCAGACUCAUCCAGGACUUCGUGCUCCUGACCACGGCCGUCGAGGUGGCGCAGCGCUGGAGGGAGCUGGCGGAGAAGCUCGCCAAGGUGUCCAAGCAGCAGAUGGACGCGUACGAGUCUCCCCACCGGGACAGGAAUGGGGUCGUGGACAGCGAGGCCAUGUGGAAGCCCGCGUAUGACUUCUUACUGACUUGGAGCCACCAGAUCGGAGACAGCUACCGCGACGUCAUCCAGGAGCUGCACACCGGGCUGGACAGGAUGAAGAACCCCAUCACCAAGCGCUGGAAGCACCUCACGGGGACGCUCAUCCUGGUGAACUCCCUGGACGUCCUGCGGGCGGCUGCCUUCAGUCCCGCCGACCAGGACGACUUUGUGAUCUGAGCGGGCUGCCCUGGCCGGCCGCUGCGCUGGGGCUCGUGCCCCCGUCUGCCCCGACGCCCGUGCGGUCACGUUUGCAGGGAGGGGGAGGGCCAGCUGCCCGGGCAGGUGAGGGUUGCCCUGGGCCGGCUCCGGGCGGGCCCGC